AUGGACACAAUUGUAAAUCCGUUCGCCACCCCACGUCGCCUGCUUGGAGGCCGAAAGCGCCGCGCGGAAGACUGUAACGACAUCGAGAGCCCCGCGUUCUUCACUGCCAAUGACUUUGCAUCAUUUUCCGUCCGUGGCGAUGCCCACGAGUCGAGCCUUUAUGAAGCACUGGAGACCCGUCGACGGACCAUUCUCACGCCUGUUAAUGAGCCGAAUUCUACCUCAAAACGCUCUGCAGCAAUGCAAAUCAAGCAGCAGUCCAAACAUCUGGUAAAACUACUUGUUGAGGCCAUUGAAAGCCGUCGGAUUCGAGCUCCGGAGAAGAUUUUGGAGCUUGACAAUGCGCGUCGAAGGGUCUCUGGCUUCUCCGUCGUUCAACAUGAACGGUACCUCAUGCUGCAGCGCAAGCUCUUCCAAGCUCAACAGCGUGGACUUCCAGAGGUGCUGGCUCUCUCCCAAGAUGAGGCUACACAGUGGCAGCAAAUGAAAGCGGAGGUUGAGUUGGAACAAGUGGGUUUUUGCAGGAUGAUGGCGAGAAGCCUGGCUGCUGAAUGUGCUUUUAACGAGGCGCACAUACCGCCAGCUGUGAAGUCGUGGGUGAGUGUGAUGUACAAUGCGAUGUUGACGCAGUGUUGGAACGACAUCUAUCGUCUGUAUCCACGAUGGUUUGAGCCAUGCGUGGCAGUUAAGCUGCCUAGUGGCAGUGCUCCUGAUGGAAAUGGCUCUAUUGUGGCGACGGCAAAAGAGGUCGCUGCUCGAGGCACGUGUUGCGUCAUUGACCUGCGCAAACUUGUGGCCGGUCAGCCGCUUCUACACGCUGUGGGUGAUAGCGGAGGGCUGAACGUUGUGUCUCCUCGCCAAGCCAUUUCGGCGGAUCCUCAGGCUGAACAGUUGAUGGAGAAGUACGACUGCGAUGUAGCCAUCUCUUCGUCCACUUUGGUCACUCUCUUUGACAGCGAUACGUCCACUCGCUUCGCCCACGUGCCUGUAGGGUGGGGGAUCCCCUUGAAAAGCCGAGCAAUCAUUCGCGAUGGAGCGGCGAUUACGAAAAAGCGGCUCUUUCUGGACCGUCCAUUGCCAGGAAGCAGUCCAAGCACGCGAGACAAAGUAACGGAAGCUGGACGCGCUGCAUUACUGUCCCGCUUUGAGAGUGAAUCUGUUGUUGGAGGAUCAACAGGCGGACGAACAGCGUAUCAUGUCUGGCAACUUGAUGACAAGCGGAUUCUUGUGCGCAGUACCACACACGUAGGCGUGGUUGUACCUACAUCGUCGGAGAGUUCAUCACAAGAUCAGCAGACCACGACGGCGCCGUUGAGCGUGUUUGUGAAGCCAGAUUAUCAUUUACUGGGAAUUGAAGAACUGCUGACAACGAGCGAGAGAUGUCGCUUCUGGCUGCAUUCAUGGCUUCGAGGUGGUUCAGCCGUUCUAGUGGCUCGAGUGGAUCCCAAGAACGACGCGGUUACCUCGUGGAAGAAUUAUUCUCCUGCGUCGCUCGUCUACGGAGACAGUGCCCAGCAAUCACUCCCCCUCGAGUACUUUGAGUAGGUCGCUGAAAUGUUUUUUUUUUUACAUGGAACUAAUUAUUUUUUAAUGCUGAAUAGUCCUUCCGUGAAAUUUCAGUGGCUUGCGACGCUGUUUGCAACAUUGGGAGAUGUCCCUGUGGGGAAUUAUCUUUUGCGACCACAAGACGGAUACGGCCAAAGCACGUUUGGCAAGAAACGUGGCGGGGUGGAAGUCCUGAUGGCUGCU